AUGCACCUGAUUCUGGUCAUUUCUCUCCUUAUCUCCUCAAUCGAUGCCAUUAUCAUCAGUCAAGUUCAUCGAUCUUCUCUCUUUUUCACCAAUUCUUCUUGUGCUCUCCUUUCAAAUAUCACUUUGCCAGCCGGCGCAUCGAUUCAAUCUUGUAUUUGGCAAUGUGCUCACCAAGAUCAAUGUCCAACAGCUGUUUAUUAUCAUGACAAUCGAACUUGUUUGAUGUUUAGUGAGGAUUGUCAAUCUGGUAAUAUAACAUCAUCUGGAGAUGUUCGAGCAAGUGUUAUUUGUUAUCGAAGAAAUCUAGGAUCGAAUAAUCAAUGUUCUCCUCGAGGCUGGACAAAAACUGGAUAUAUGCAUGUUGCACGACGACUUCCUACAGCAUCAGUAUUAUCAAAUGGAAAAGUAUUAGUCACUGGUGGAUUCAACGGUGGUAUUUCACAAAAUAGUGCUGAAUUGUAUGAUCCAUCAACUGGUAAUUGGACAAUGGCUAGAAGUAUGAGUGUUGCACGAUCAUCUCAUACAGCAUCGAUAUUAUCAAAUGGAACAGUCUUAGUCACUGGUGGACUCAACGGUGGUGGUAUUUACCUGAAUAGUGCUGAAUUGUAUGAUCAAUCAGCUGGUAGUUGGACAAUGACUGGAUAUAUGCAUGUUGCACGAGAAUAUCAUACAGCAUCGAUAUUAUCAGAUGGAAAGGUCUUAGUCACUGGUGGAUUCAACAGUGCUAUUUAUCUGAAUAGUGCUGAAUUGUAUGAUCCAUUAACAGGUACUUGGACAAUGACUGGAAAUAUGAGUGUUGCACGAGGAUAUCAUACGGCAUCGAUAUUAUCAAAUGGAAAAGUCUUAGUUACUGGUGGCCAGGAUGGUGGUAUUUACCUGAAUAGUGCUGAAUUGUAUGAUCAAUCAACUAGUACUUGGGCAAUGACUGGAAAUAUGAGUGUUGCACGAUCAUCUCAUGCAGCAGCGACAUUACUCGAUAAAACAGUUUUAGUUAUUGGCGGAUGUUGUCCUCUCAACAGUGCUGAAUUAUAUUGA